CGCUCCUCCAGGUCCCUUUCAAGCCGUCAUGUACUGGAAGUCAGGAACCAUACGGUACCCCCAAUGACUUCAGAUCGCACCGAUGAUAGAGAGUGAUCCCCAACCUUGUCAUUGUGAUGAAGCAUCCAACACCAUACAAGUCCUUGCCGACGAGAAGCCAAGAGCGUCAUGGCGCAGCAGGCUGCCGAUGGCACGGAGGUGCCGCUCCUCCCCUCGUCGGCGGCGGGUCGCCGGGACAGGUUCGCCUUCGUCUGCGCCACGCUCGCCUCCAUGACAACCAUGAUACAUAGCUACAAUCUCACGCUGAUGAGUGGAGCGCAGCUGUUCAUCCGGGAGGACGUGGGCCUCACCGACGCGCAGAUCGAGGUGCUCGCGGGCUCCAUGAACGUGUUCAUGCUCGUCUCCAUCCUCGGCGCCGGGUGGGUCGCCGACCGGCUGGGCCGCCGGUGCGUCCUCGUGCUCGCCAACGUCUUCCUCAUGGCCGGCGCGCUCGCCAUGUCGAUGGGCGGCAGCUACGCCGCCCUCAUGGCGGCGCGCUUCGUCACCGGCAUCGGAGCCGGGUUCGGCCGCGUCGUCGCGCCGGUGUACAACACCGAGAUCUCGCCGGCGUCGACGCGCGGCGUCUUGUCGUCCUUGCAAAACAUAUUCAUCAACGUCGGGACCUUGCUUAGCUACGUGUCCAACUACGCCUUCUCCGGCCUGCCGGUGCACAUCGGAUGGCGCCUCAUGUACGGCAUCGGCGUGGUCCCGCCGGUGUUCGUCGCCGCCGCCGUCUUCUUCAUGCCGGAGUCGCCGCGGUGGCUGGCGAUGCGGGGGCGCCACGCCGACGCGCGCGCGGUGCUCCUUCGCACAUCGGACACCCCAGCUGACGCCGACCUCCGCCUCUCGGAGAUCAAGCAAGACGUCGCUCACCAGCCGGAGCAGCAGGGUGGCAGCCAUGGCGGCGGCGGCGGCGGCGGCGUCUGGAAGGAGCUCGUGUUCCGGCCGUCGGCGAGCGUGCGGCGGGUCCUGGUGUGCGUCAUCGGGCUGGAGUUCUUCGUGCCGGCGUCGGGCGUCGAGGCCAUCCUCCUCUACAGCCCGCUGGUGUUCAAGGCGGCCGGGAUGGCGUCGAAGGGCGCCGCGCUCGGCGCCACCGUGGCCAUCGGGGUGGUCAAGAUGUGCUUCAUCCUCGUGGGCGUGCUCCUCACGGACCGCGUCGGCCGGCGCCCGCUCCUCCUCGUCAGCACCGCCGGCGUCGCCGUGACCACGGCCUCCCUCGCCCUGAUGCUCUCCGUGGGCACGCGCGCGGCUCCGGCGGCGGCGCCGGCGAUGUGCCUCGCGUCGGUGCUCGCCGUCGUGGCCACGUUCUCGGUCGGGUACGCGCUGGUGGUGAACACGUACAGCGCCGAGAUCCUGCCGACGCGGCUGCGCGCGCAGGGCUUGAGCAUGGGCGUGGCGGUGAACCGGCUCGCCAGCGGGUUGGUGACCAUGACGUUCAUCUCGCUCGCCGAUGCGAUCACCAUGCCCGGGUGCUUCUUCUUGUUUGCUGGGCUGACGGUGGCGGCGUUCGUGUUCGUGUAUACACGGCUGCCGGAGACGAAAGGACGGAGCCUGGAGGACAUGGACGAGCUCUUCGACAAGUGAUGAUAUAUUAGGCAUCGAAUUGAAGUAUACACCUAAUACAAACUGUAGUUAAAUUCUUGGUUGCCAUUUUCAUUUUGCUAUUGGAAAUUUUCAUAUUUAUAGCUCAUAAUAGUAACACGCGAUGUACUUAUCUCCGGUCUCUAUAUACGUUCUCUCGUGAUUGUCACGAAAAGCAAA